UAUUGAUUAGGGUAAAAGAACUAGAGUGAGUCCUGAGGUAGUCUAUCACAUUGUGGUCUUUAUAGCUUCAGACACAUCUUUAAGCCUUCUUCUUCAUCUUUAUCGAUUUCAUCGGGGUUUACUUCGAAAGAAUAGUGGAACACAAGGCAUUUGAAGUAUGGGUCGCUCAUUCAGGUUUGUAGCUUUCUUCUGCUAUAACUGUAUAGCAAGUCGUUAUAAAUGUUGGCAGUUCUAUUCCUAGUCUCUCUCAUGAACAAGACCUUGUCAAGGGUGUCCAAGAACUCUUUAUUAGGCUCCAUCCCAAACUCUUGCUCAAUGUACUUAAUAAGAAGCAGUCUCUGGUGUUCGAUUGAUAACUUUCUUUUAACUCAGAAGCCAGUCGUGUUCUUGAACUUUUCCCAAUGAAAUCUUCUUAUUUUUCUGAGAAGGCACUUAAAGACGAUGUCUUUUCUUUUUGAGAGUCCUUUUAGAGAAGGAGUUCUUCUUUUCUUGGAUUUAACAUCUGUAGAAUCCUUCAAAGCUGAGGUUAAGUUAUCCUUCUGGUUAUCUUGGCUAGCCCUCAGCGGUGUACUAGUUUCGGAGUUAGGCAGUAGGCUUUGUUCUUCAUUCAAAAGAGGAAUUGGAACAAUAUUCUGAGUAUUGCUAAAAUGGAUCAAAUGAGAAAGAGUCUUUAGUCUCCCAUGCAAACAUGCUGUUUCCAAAGCAAGAGCUUUGAUCUGGAGAGAAUUGAGAAAGCUCAGCUAAUCCUGAAAGUGAGUUCAUUAUAAAU